AUGGAUGGAGAUCUUAAGAAUGCAGCUCGCAUUCUUUUCUCUAGUGAUACCCUCGCACCUUUUGAUAAUAAAACGCUAGAAGCCUUACGCGAAAAGCAUCUCUUACCGAAUCUGGCGUCUUUGCUCCCAAGUCCACCUAUUUUCAAUAAUGUUUUACAGGUUAAAAAUGCUGCAAUUAUGUCGUUUACAAGUGGCUCCGCUAGUGGCAUCGACGACAUCACACCACGACAUCUUAAAGAUCUUCUUCAAAGAAGUACACUUUGUCUUCUAGUUGUUUCAGUUUGUGCAGCGAGCGCUGUACCAUUUGAGAAAUUAGAAGUCAAUAAGGGUUUUGUCGAACGCUACGACGAUAACGAAAUUUGGCAAGGAGAAGCUUUAGAAGAACAAGCUAAUCUGAAUAUCUUAUCAGAUUUUUCUAGAAACCCUGCCAAUAAUCGCUAUUUGCUCUUCACCAGACGCAAUCCUUCAUCCUCGCAGACUCUUCAAAAUGGCAACAGCAAUAGUAUCACUUCAUCGUUUUUCAAUGCCAAUAACCCGACGGUUGUAAUCGUUCAUGGCUGGUUAAGCAACCAAAACACUAAUCUUAAUGGUCAUCUUAGAGAUACAUUCCUUCGAAAAGGCGACGUAAAUGUCAUUGUUAUGGAUUGGAGAAGACUAGCUAUUUCUGAUUAUGUAACUGCUGUUGCUGGAGUGCCCGCAGUAGGUCGUGGGUUGGGACAAUUCCUAAGAUUCCUCAACAGUGUCACAGGGGCACGCUUUGAAAGUAUGCACUUAGCUGGCUUUAGUUUAGGUGCUCAUGUAGUUGGUAAUGCAGGCAGAGAACUUAAUGGCCGAGUAGCACGUAUUACUGGUUUGGAUCCUGCUGGACCAUUAUGGAAUCUUAAUUCUAAUCGUCUUAGAGCAUCUGAUGCGGUGUACGUCGAAGCUAUUCACACUAAUGGUGGAACCACAGGAUUGGGAAUUGGUUCUCCUGUAGCCGAUGCCGACUUCUUCCCUAAUGGUGGUAACUCUCAACCAGGGUGCUUAACCCCUAUAUGUAAUCACAAUCGUGCCUGGGAAUUAUUUGCUUCAACUGUGACUAAUAACCACCUCGUGGGUAGACGAUGCUCCAAUAUGGCGCAAGUGACACUAAAUACCUGUCGAGGUGCAGCUUUUAAUAUGGGCAACGACGAUUUAAACAAAAGAGGAUCGGGCAUAUACAGAUUGAAUACGCAAAGAAGCUACCCUUACUAAGCUAUAUAAUAUUUUUGCUAAAUUUAAUAUUAAAAUAAAAACGAAGUUUUAUUAAUAUUUGUAA